AUGAUUAAAUUUAUUGCAAGAAAAAUUGAGAGAUCUUCCUCCUUAAAAAGAGAUCAACAAAAAAACGAAGAGGAAUUAUAAUUCGAAUAUCCUUUCAAUAUUCAAAAACCUCUAGCAAUAUCUGAUCAAGAAUACAGCGACGAUUAUUAGUUAUUGAAAUAAAAUCCUCCUGGGGUGAGUUUAAAAUUAAACAUUGGAACACCAAAAAUAGAAACCCCUUCGAAGUUACCUUACGUCUUAGACGAUACUCUUUAAAGAUAAAAAGGAAGAAUGAAAUUCUAUGAUGAUGCCAAGAAAUAUGGGUUUCUAGUUCUUGAUGAAGAUGGAACAGAUGUAUUCGUUCACUAUGACGAUCUUUAAGCCGCAGGAAUUACUAUCGAAAAAAUGAAGCUAUACAAAAUUAUUAGGAAUAAUCCACAAUAUGUUAAAUUUACAAAAAAUGGAGGCCCUUACUUCGAAUUCACUCUAAUGAAUUAUAUGGGGAAAUAUAACAAGAGUAGAAAAGCUAUAGAUCUAUAAUUAUUGAAUUAAACUUGA